AUAUUCGGAUUGAUCCUCAAAUGUCGAAUGAUGACAAUGCAAGCAGGUGAGAUUGACUAUGCGUAUGAUUGUCCCAAUAGGAGCCAUAAUCGUGGUAUAUGCUAGUUCAAUGUCAAUGCAAAUGAUGAUGAGAAAGUCGAAAUCGAAUCAAAGACUAAUGCAAAAUCCAACAUUUCUACUGUAUGCAAGCAUAUCCGUUAGCGUCUUCGACCAACACAGAAAAAAUUUCGAGCGCUAUCGCGGAAUUAAAAGAAAGGUCAGAGAACCAAAGAGUGACUAAGUGAAACGUCUCAAUAUAUAUGCAAGUGAAAAUCAAA